CAUUCUCCUUUUACUUAACAUGCGGAGAACACCUCUGCUUUAUGCGCAUACACUUACCCGAACCAUUGAUACCAAAGGGUUCAGAAUUAAGCUUUAAGAGGUAUCCUGAGCGAGCACCUAAUGAGGACUCCAAUUUUCCUCGUUAUCAUCUUGGUCCUGCAAUCGCUAUCGCCUUCGUCUUCAACAAUUUCCAGCUUAAAAAAAGGCUCUUCUCUCUCAGUGGAGAAGACGGACGAUGUUCUGGUUUCACCAAACGGCGUAUUCUCGGCAGGCUUCUACUCCGUCGGCGAGAAUGCUUUCUGUUUCGCCAUAUGGUUCACCCAAAGAUUGCACGACGGCAGUCACACUAUAGUUUGGAUGGCCAACAGAGACCAACCCGUCAACGGAAGGCUCUCCAAGCUUAAGGUUCUUAAAAAUGGUGAUCUCAUCUUGACCGACGCCGGCCAACUCGACGUCUGGUCCGCCGGCACGGGUAACCGAUCAAUCUCCAAUGUACAGUUGCAGCUGAACAACACUGGCAACCUUGUUCUUCUCGGUUCCGAAUCCAAAACUGGGAGUUCUGAGAAUUUCAUAACUUUAUGGCAAAGCUUCGACUGGCCAACAGAUACCCUUCUUCCCCACCAGAGACUAACCAGAUACGCGAAGCUUGUGUCAUCUCGAAGCCGUAGCAAUUACUCUUCCGGUUACUACAAGCUCUUCUUCGACAACGAUAAUUUCCUGAAGCUUCUCUACGAUGGACCUGUAUUGUCAAGCCUUUACUGGCCGGAUCCAUGGCUAAUCGGUUGGCAAGCUAAAAGGUCCCCCUACGCCUAUGGUAGAGAAAGAAAUGCAGUGUUCAACACCUCCGGCCAUUUCCAGUCGACGGAUGGUCUGGAGUUCAGGGCCGCCGACUAUGGCGUUGGGGUUCAGAGAAGAUUAACCAUGGAUGUGGAUGGCAAUGCUCGGCUGUACAGUUUAGAUGAGAAAAAAGGAAGAUGGACGGUUUCUUGGCAAGCCAUGGCCCAGCCAUGCAGGGUCCAUGGCAUUUGCGGACCCAACUCAUUUUGUACUCACUUCCCCCAUGAGAAAUCCGAAGCUAAAGCAAGGAGAUGCACUUGCUUACCAGGCUACAACGUCAUAGAUCCUUCCGAUUGGUCUCUUGGAUGCAAACCAAAUUUCAUCACUCUCUCCUGCAAGGAUGGCGAGACCGAUUUCAUCCAGCUUCCUAAUACCGAUUUCUACGGCUACGAUCUCAACUCCUAUAGCAACUACACGCUGGAGAUGUGUGUGAAUGAAUGCUUGAAGCACUGCGAUUGUGUUGGAUUCCAAUUCGAAUAUAUUUCUUCCCAGGUUUACUUGGACUGUUAUCCCAAGAAACUGCUUGUCAACGGAUAUCGUUUACCACUUGCUGCGAAUCAUCGACUCUUUGUAAGAUUGCCGAAAGACUUACUGUCUUCCGAUACAGAGCCCUAUAAGAGAUUGCCGGAAGCCUCACUGUCUUUCAAUAUAAAACCCCUUCGGAAUCUCAGCUUGGAUUGUUCACAUCCAGUUAGCUUGCUGCUCGAUAGAAGUUACUACAAGAAACCAAAACAAAAUGCCAAAUUGAAGUUCAUGGUUUCUUUUGCCUUCGCAGUUGCAGGGUUUGAGAUUGUUUGUAUCUGUGUCGUGGGGUGCUUCAUAUACAUAACCCAACGUGAUAGAUCAGGUGUGGCUAGACAACGUCUCCUUAUCCUCAACACCGGAUUUCGAAAAUUCACGUACAAUGAGCUGAAGAAAGCGUCCAGAAAUUUCUCGCACGAGAUUGGAAGAGGUGGCAGCGGCAUUAUCUAUAAGGGGGUGUUGCAAGAUGGCCGAGUUGCCGCGAUCAAGCUGCUGAUCAAUGAAGCUAAUUACCAUGGAAAGGAAGAAUUUAUGGUAGAGUUAACCACCAUCGGGAGUCUUAACCACAUGAACCUGAUAGAGAUGUGGGGAUAUUGCGUGGAAGGAAAGCACAGACUUCUGGUCUACGAGUAUAUGGAACAUGGGUCCUUGGCAGAAACCCUGUCUUCUUCCCAAACACUUAAUUCACAUCAGAGAUUUGAUAUUGCAGUUGGAACUGCUAAGGGCUUGGCUUAUCUCCACGAAGAAUGCUUGGAAUGGGUUCUGCACUGCGACGUGAAGCCUCAGAACAUACUGUUGGAUGGUGAUUACCAGCCAAAAGUGGCAGACUUCGGCCUCUCCAAGCUGUUAAACCGAGCCGGUGGCAAUAGCAAUUCAAGCUUCUCGAGGAUUCGAGGAACAAGAGGUUAUAUGGCUCCCGAGUGGAUUUUAAAUCUCCACAUCACCUCUAAAGUCGAUGUUUAUAGCUAUGGCAUGGUUGUGCUGGAGAUGGUCACGGGGAAGACCCCAAUGAUUGGUCAUCACACCGGCUUUAGCAACGACGGGGAGAUGAUGGAGGUCAGAGGGCUGGUUAAUUGGGUCAGAGAGAAGAUUAGUGAAAAUGGUCGUAGAAAGGGCUCGGAUUCACUUGAAAAGAUUGUAGACCCAAAGUUACAGGGUGAAUUUGAUGUAGCCAAGAUGGAAGUAUUGGUUGAUGUUGCUUUACGGUGCGUGGAGGAAGACAGAGAUGCAAGACCCACCAUGAGCCAAGUAAUAGAGAUGCUUCUCCGACAUGAAAAUGAUCGUUAACGCAAUGAUCUAUCUGUUGGAGAUGGCCAUACAUGAAGCAAGUGAAGAAGCUUAAUUCCAUAUCAGGCAGUCCUAAUGAUUUUUUGUUAUUUCCCAGUACGGUAAUGAAUUAUUUCUAAUAUGAUUGUAUUAGCAAUAUAUUGUUGUUGGAUGUAAGAAAAAAAUGUGAGACUAUAUAGAUUUUAGGAACAGAGAGAUGUGUAUUUCCUUAUUUAUGAUUGAUCUAAGUGUUGUAAAUUUUCUAUAAUCGAACAACUGACAAAACUAAAUCCGCAUGACCUAUAAUCUCAAAAUGAUCUACU